AUGGCGCGCUCGAUUCUCGGCGGUGUGGCUGUGGUGGCGUUGUUGCUGGGCUCUGCCCGCGCCGACGAGCAAUGCGACCAGGACAGCUUGUUGGCCCUCAGCCAUCGCAAGCGGGCUUCGAUCACUGAGAACAAGAGCGGUGCGGCCUGCGGCAACACGGGGCAGACGUGCGCGUCUUGCCAGGUGUGCGUGGGCGGCAUGAAGAGCUACGCCUGCGCGGGCUCUUGUGCAGUCAAUGAUGCGUGCGGGCCUGGGGAUUCCCCGGGUUCUUGCCCAACGUGCGCUGACAGGGUACAGACUCUCGUCAACAACGGCAUGGGAGUGCAGGAUGCCAUGUCGUCGACUCUCGUCAACAACGGCAUGGGAGUGCAGGAUGCCAUGUCGUCGGUGGGGCAGAACUACGGGUGGACCGAGCCAGGAUGCUCGUGCAUGAGGUGA